AGCAAUCAGAGACAGUCUUUGAUUCCUUCAGAGUGCGAAGAACUGAGAAAGAAGAGGACAGACUCCCACAUACAUUCGUACAUACUCAAUUGGUGGUUUGGGAGCAGAGAUGGUUGCGGAAGAGAUCGUGGUCUGCCUCUCAGGAGGAGCUCCAUGGGGAUUCAGACUGCAAGGAGGAGUGGAGCAGCAAAAGCCUCUACAGGUGGCAAAGGUACGCAGGCGCAGCAAAGCGUGCCGAGCCGGACUGAGGGAGCACGAUGAGCUAAUUGCCAUUGGUGACCAGAUGUGUGCAGACCUUACACAUGCUCAGGCCAUGAGUAUAAUAGAUGAAGAGACUUCCACACUGAACCUGAAAGUUAGAAGGAACCUCUCUGGAUUUACCUCUUCAUCUUGCGCUGCUCGCUGUACAUCGCCUCGAUCUUCCAUCAAGGUACUGUCUCCUCCUGCGACCCUUCUGAACAACAGUUCCUCCUUUCUCUCCCCCACUGAGUUAUCCAGGGGAGUUACAUCCCCCCCAGACAGCGAGGCAUACUACGGUGAAACAGACAGCGACGCAGACACACAUUCACAGACGCACCAUCGGCGUCAACGCCGACCAUCUCCUCAUGCUCGCUCACCUUCGCGUUAUGACAACCAAGAAGAGGAGACAUCAGAAAUGAGCGGGUAUGAAAGUGCCACAGACACAGGAUUUACCACCCAAUGGCAUGUUCAAGGUCUCACCGGUGUCCCUCGGAGAGAGCUUAUCUACCUGCCCCACCAAUAUGAGAGAAAUACUUCUGCUCACACCCUGACUCCUCGCACCCUCACACCAACCCCUGAUCAGAGCCCUGUGGAUGUAGAGGGAGAGGGAGACAGUGGUUUUCAGGAGACAGGAGGUUGCACUGCACCAGCCUGCCCCCCUUUGGUGUCUCCAGAACGGGCCAAAGAGGCCUUAAAGUUGGGCUCUGGUCAUCAUCUGGUGCCCAUGGUGGGACCACAGCUCACCCCGGUAAACGACGAACUCUACACCACCUACAUGCACAAAGCUAGACAAGCCAAGUUGCAGCGUGGGGAGAGUGUGGUGGAGAAACAGGUGAAAGAAGCCCGCACUAAAUGCCGCUCCAUUGCAUCAUUGCUGACUGAUGCUCCAAACCCCAAUUCUAAAGGGGUUCUUAUGUUUAAGAAACGCCGGCAGAGAGCGAAGAAGUACACACUGACCUGCUUUGGGAAAGCUGAGGGAGACAGAGGGGAGACAGAGGGGGAGACGGGAGGUGAGACAGAAGAGGAAGGAGGAGGAAGCUCAAUCCUAAGUGGCUCAGAGGUUGAGGAAGAAGGAUUGUCGGGCUCUUUUGACUCUACGUGGGAUUCAGGUUAUCUUGAUCUGCUGGACAGGAGAAGCUCUGCCUGCCCAUCAACAACACCAACUACUCCAACAACAGCAAGCACCAAUCACAGCGCAGCGGUGGACCUCUCAGCUUAUCUAACACCAGAACGUUUGACUUCUGGAAAUCAAAGCUCAGGGUUGGACAUCUCGGGUUUGGUGAGUUCAGCCAGUGACAGCUUCACGAAGCAGCCCAUCAGUAACCAGAUGUCUCCUCCAGCUGUGGCUUUGACUAACGGGGGUUCAGUUGCCGUAAGUCGGGCAAGUGUUGUUCUGAGCCCACCAUCCGAGACACCCAUACAAAGUCAAAAUGGGCUCCAGAAUAAUUCUGAUAACACAGCUAGCAUAGACUUGAUCAGCAACUCCAGUUUUAAUCCUAAUCCCAGCAUUCUGAACCGCACUGCACGACCUUUCACCCCCGGCUCAACCCCAUCUCGUGCAUCUGUGACGUCUGUAAUGUUUCGGCCUCCCCAACCCAAACCCACACCACUUACUAUGGCACCCAAGCCUGUUUUAGCAGUGUCCAUGAUGACAGUCCCACCAACACAACCUCCACCAGGGCCAGAUGAAAGGAGAGCGGUGUCCAGCACCUCUCUGUACAUCCCUGUGAGAAAUAACAACAGUAACACUUCCCCUUCGAUUUACCCUCCUCCAUCAGCUCGUUUACUGUCUUUCUCUCCUCCUUCAACAUUUCCCUCUCUCCCUGCAGUGAAUGCUUCAUCCUCAUCCCUGCUCUCACCAACUACAGAUCAAAAUUCUCUGAUACACCCAUCUACUGCAAAACCCAUUUCUCCUCCAUCUCACCUUUCUCCUCCUGCUUCCAUCACAUUUACUUCAGCUCCACACAUUUCCUCAUUAAAUCCCUCUUUUGAUUUAGCUAAGGACUCAUUCCCUGUACCUCCUCUCACUCAGCCCUCUCCAUCUCCUUCUGUUCACCCGUCUAUCAACCCGACCGAUGCAGUUUCUUCUACAUUGCCUCCCCAAGCUCCUGCACAUGACUCAAUGGCCACACGAGAGCAGCGCAUUUCAGUCCCGGCCGCUCGCACCGGCAUCUUGCACGAUGCUCGUUGUCGUAGCAGCAAGAAGCCAAUGUUCAGUGCACUACAGAGCAAAGAUGUUUCUCCCAACCCCGACUUGCUGUCGAUGGUGCAGAACAUGGACGACCAUUGUGGAAGAGCCCCAUGUGUUGAGUCUGUAGUAGCACCCGGUGGGGAGGCUGGUCAUGAGUCAGGGCCUGAGGAGGACUGGUUAAGGCUUGGGGCAGAGGCUUGUAACUUCAUGCAGACGCAGCGAGGCCCAAAGCCGCCUGCUGUAGCUCCUAAACCACAGACUCCUCAGGUUAUGCAGCUCGCCGGAAAAGGAGGUCAGCUUUUUGCCCGCAGACAGAACAGGAUGGAUAGGUAUGUUGUAGAGCGUUCUCCAUCUGUUGCUGUGGCACCCUACUCUCCGGCUCAGACCAGGGAGCCCUCACCAACACCUUCCCUUCCUGCCGCAUGGAAGUACUCGCCCAACAUUCGUGCUCCCCCUCCGAUCAACUACAACCCCCUACUGUCUCCUUCCUGCCCUCCAAAGGCCCAGAAGAAACUUGAGGUAGCAAAGUCUGGUACAACUAAAUCUAAAGGGAAAAAAGCAGGCAUCAAACCUGUUGACAUAAUGAGCUACCAGCCUUACCAGCUUAACUCCUCGCUGUUCAGCUAUGGAGGUGGGAUUCCCCAGGAUCUUUCCAAUACUAAUCAGCAGAGAGGUGGUCUUCAAAAGACAGCUCGAGUCUAUGAGGUAAAGCGCUUCUCAACGCCGCCUCCGACUGCCACAGGACCCACCCCUAAAGUUAUUGUACCUCGAUCAGCCACAACACUUGGAGAACCACUGAGGUACACCGACGAGUUUACCCCACCCACUACUGGAGGCGUGCUGCACGAACAUCACCAGACUCUGCACCAGCCCAUCCAGCCUCAGUGGGCCUCUUCACCCCUGUCUUCUCCACUGCCUCCAGCCCCCACUGCCCCGCUUCCUCAGCUUCCAACCUUGUCCUCACCUCCAGUUUCAAUCCCGGCCCAGCCUCCAAGUUUUUCCCAACUUCAGCCCCCUGUUGCUCCCCACUCCAACAGGAGUUUCAAGAGUGCCCCAGAUCUAAGUCCUCUGGGUCCCAGUAAUGCCUCUCACCGGUCUUCCACCUCAUACCAGUCACCCAGCAGCUCUCAACCCCCUAGGGUCCCCAGGCCACGGUUCAGCACUUCUAACUUGGGUCUGCAACCUUGCAUAUGGCGCCCUGGAUCCACCACCAACUAGACAGAUCCUCAUCUGGACAUGAGAAAUAAACACUGUGGGGGACUAGAGAAAUAAUUUAAAAUCCUCUAAAAUUACCUAUUAUUUUUAGUAAUGAUAAUAUUGAGGAUUUUUAUUAAUUCAGCUGCACAUUUAAUCACAGUAUCUGUUUGCAUCAAAUUCAUGUGUAUCACAUUUAAUUACUUACCCAGCUCUUGUUUUUCUCAUCUAGAGAGGUUGUUAGAGAAAUUCGAAGCAAAGCUUGGUAAAUAUCAUGCAGAAUGAUUUGAGUUUAAUGAUUGAAAAAGUGGAACAGAGGAUGUGCAAUGGUGGAUAUGAUUGAAGAAAGAUGUAGCAGAAAAUGAGGAAACAUGUACAGAAAGCAGGGAUGAAGCAGCAUGACUGAAAAGAAACAUGUUUCAAAGAUGCCAGUUAGACACAUACCUUCACAAUCUGCAACAUUCUGCCUGUUGCAAUCACAUAAUAGCACAUUUAAAAAUGUUUUCUUGCAAUCAUUAAAUUUUAUAUAGUUUUGAGUAUUUAAGUUGAGUAUUUAAGAUCUUUGUGUGCUUUGUUGUAGAGAAACGCCUUUGCUGCAGACUUGGCUGUUGAUAUAGAACAUGAAAUACAGCAAGUAGGUACAACAUGUCUGUUUAGCUGGGAUUCUUUUUCACAGAAACAUGGGGUUAAACAAAAAUAGACAUGACUCACCUCAGCUGUCACUCUGUCUCUCCCUGAGCCACCCGCAUUGUCAACACCCAUUCCUACACUGACCUGCAGUAUGUCCCACAGCCAUUAGUCUCAAAACUGUUGGCCUCUUUAGGGCAUUUGAUGACUCUUCUAUAGAUCCACAUGUGUUUGAUACCAUGCUGAUAAAUAAAGAAAACUAUUUUGAUUAUGUUCCAGCUUUUACCACAUGGGGGCGUUGUAGGAUUUGUCAAGUCACGUUACAUUUUUAAUGUUUACUGUUUCCUCCCAUGUUUUGUUCAAGAUUUAACAGUCUCAGACUGUCGCUGACACUGCAAUAAUAUUCAUUUUCCUCACUUAGUUUAUUUCCUUACAUCUUGGCUGUACAUGCAUGGAACAUCUGGACGUCCAAGUACAGUGUCUCAUGAAAGUGUUUACACCACUUGAACUCUGCUUCUACAAUUUCCAACUGCACAAUGACAACUUCAAGGCAUAUUAUUAGAAUGUUAUAUAAUAGAUCGCCACCAACUGGUUAAUAUUGUAAAAUACAGAGAAAAUAAAGCAUGGUUUUCCCUUUUUUCAAAUAAAAAAAUAUUGUGUGUGAAAUA